AUGCCGAGUGCAUCGUCGCCGGCGUACUCUGCAGAGGAGCUGACAAGCGCCCGCGAAGCGUUUGCACUCCUCGUGGAGACCGCGAACCUUCUCCUGCCCUCCGGCGCCGCGCCGUCGACGCCGCUGUUGCUUCUCCUCACGCGGCUAUGCGAAGAAGGCUGGGACCCGAUCUUCCUCGCGGAGCUCGUCGUCGCGGCUCAGGCUGAGAAGCGCAACUUCCUCCUUGAACAACUCGCUGAGUGA